UUGAGUUCGAUCAAUUUGUUAACUUGAUUCCACAGAUGAUUUCACAGAACCUUUUUCUUUCUCAACUAAUAGACUGAUUAGUGAUAUUGAUAGAUCAAAGAUGGUGUUACCCUCAACAUUCAAGCUAAAAUUUAAUUGGUCAAUAUGGUUAAUUGUUUAUCUUUCAUCAACAGUUGUCAUCAAUGGUCAAUUAAUUGCCGAAAAUCAAGGUAAUGCCAGUGUUAAUAGUAUUGAUACCAAUGGAAACAAGGAAAUUAAUAAUUCAAGCUCUAAUGAAACUUCAUUACCAAAAGUGCAACGUAGGAUCUUUAACUGGCUUAUGAAUGGACUCUCAGAUCAACCUAAUGGUGGAUCAACAUCAAACCCAGACAAAAAUUCACCAUCCAUCAGACAAGGAUAUAUUAGCGGAUCAUAUUCGGGUUACAUGCCUGGUUUCAGAAGACCAAUGCGACCUCAAAUGACUGGAUCGUUUGGUUCGUCUACGGGACAAGCAAUGGGACAGUCGAUGAUGCAACCAAUGGGACCUCCAAUGGGACCUCCAAUGGGACCUCCAAUGGGACCUCAAAUGGGACCUCAAAUGGGUUCAUCAAUGGGACAGUCAGUAGGACAGUCGAUGAUACCACCAAUGGGAUCUCCAAUGGGUCCACCGAUGGCACCACCGAUGGGACAGUCACAAUCAAUAGGCUGGCCACAAAUGGGACAAAACUCGAGAUUACCUCCCAAUAGUCAGUCUUUGGGUAUGCAAGGAGGAUCAGGUUUCAAUUCCAUGCCGAAUGGUCAAUUCAAUAGCCAAAUGAAUUACCCUAUGGAUAAUUUUUCCACUGAGGAUCCUUAUGGAGAUUACGGAGGUGGUGAUUUUUUCACUUCACUGAACAACUUUUUGUUUGGUUCUUCCAAUGAUGCCCAAUCAAGUGGUGGAUCCUGUGGAGGUGGACGAAGAGGAGAAAGAGAUAGAGGCAGAGUAAAUAUAAAUGGUCAAAGCGUUCCAAGCUCUGUUGGUACUACUACUGCUGCUCCAACUUCAAGUAUGGGAAUGAGUUCUGAAGAUUGGAACAACUAUAUUAAACUCGUCACAGCAUUAGCCAGCGAUGGAGGCGGCGGCGGAGGCGGCGGUGGCGGUGGUGGAGCUGGAGGGGGCUUAGGUGAUUUAAGUUCAUUAAUGGAUACUGCAUCAAGCGUGAUGCAGUCAUUUGGCUGAUUAUUAAGCAAACCAAAAAGAUUUUUGACUUUUAACUUAAUAUCAUUUUGUUUGGAUAUGUAAACAUUUUUUAAUUUUUUAGUCCUUUUUUAAUCAAUCAAUUUGAUUUACAUAAUUUCAAACAUUUUUGCUAGUAUCCAAUAAAUGAAGUUGCUAAAUUA